AUGCUCCACGCAGUCCAUGCUUUCGCAAAGGCCUUUCUCGACUACGAAGCCAAGAAGUCUGAGACUACUACUCUUAAUCUAAUCCUCAAAGCCCACGAGGCUAAACGUGCCUGCGGCAGCGCCGCCCCCUCCAUUCUAGACUCAACCAGACCAUCACCCACAACCCCAGCUCCCUCCAAAGUCCGGAUCGUCUCGCAAACCCCACAGCCAGAACGCAAGAGAACGACUAAAGAGCUCCUCCAGGCUCUCGUGGAGUCUAACAAGCGUGUGGAGGAUACCCAGGCGCGUCUCGCUGAACGCCAGGAUAGGAUUGUCCAGACGCAGGCGCUGCUUUCUUUGACUCUGGAUCGCCUCGCUCGGAAUCAAGAGGAUAUUUUUGAGGUUCUGAAGGAGGUUCGUGAUGCUUGCCGCGGUUAA